GAUAUAAAUCUAGUUUUGUAAUAUGACAGAAUUUGUGAAGAAUUCAUUUAUUUGCAUUGUAUUUGAGUCAUUUUACGAACGUAGCCGUAACUAAUUUCAACGAAUGUGCAUGUAUGGUGUUCAUAUUGACUCUUAUCGAUGUUUAUAAAACGGCAGUAAGUGCCAAUCAUCAGAGAGAGCACAUUUCUGCUUUAAAAACCACAACAUUAUAACCUGUGAUUCGAUAAACUAAGUGUACAAAAAGUUACGACACAGCUGUUGAAUUCCCUUUAUUUCCGUUGACUAAUAGGGUCUUUUGUAGAUCUUAAUUACAAUUUAUUGGUGUACGGUACGGAGUCGACUUCAACCGUCGCAGAGGAGAGGAGUUUGUUGCCACAAGUUCACGUCGCCUCGUUCCCGAAGGACAUGUAAACACAUCAACAAGCCAUUUAUAUAGUAACUUCCUGACAUAUUGAAACAUGGAUGUAGGAAAUUAUUACAAAUCACCUGUACUAAAGAUGCAUGAGAAAUUUAAGGUACUUCUGGUAAUUUUAGUGAUAAUAUGCGAGAUAAGUAUAGAAACAGUACAAGCUUCGCCAAAUUUAACUAAAUAUAACACGUCAAAAUCAAAUGAAUAUGUCGUGCAAAGAAAUGAGACGCCAACGAGUGAACUAUUCCAUUGGGAGGACUACAGCGUGCUGGGUACGAUGUUACUAGUUUCAUGCGGUAUUGGCGUUUUUUACGGAUUCUGUGGAGAAAAACAAACGUCAGGCGACGACUUCUUAUUGGGUGGUUCGUCAAUGGGCACAUUCCCAAUGGCCCUUAGUUUAGCUGCAAGUUUCAUCACUGCCAUAGAACUGCUAGGCAAUCCAGCGGAGAUGUACAUGGCGGGCGCGCAGUUCUGGAUGAUCUGCGUGUCAUUCGUACUAGUCGUACCGAUAGCGAGCCAACUAUACUUGCCAGUCUUCAUGAGACUGCGCUUAACAUCCUGCUAUGAAUAUUUGGAAAUAAGGUUUUGCAAGUCAAUGCGUGUGUACGCCAGCUCGCUUUACAUGCUGCAAAUGGUUCUGUACACCGCCGUCGCUGUGUACGCACCAGCACUGGCGCUCUCUGACGUGACUGGAUUAAACACUUAUUUAGCAGUUUCACUGGUCUAUGUGGUCUGCAUAUUUUACGCAUCACAGGGUGGCAUGAAAGCAGUGAUAAUGACAGACAGUUUUCAAUCGGCCGUAUUGCUGGGGUCGCUUGCUACAAUCCUUAUCAUGGGCGCCGGGAAAGCGGGUGGACUGGAUGCAGUUUGGGACUACGCGAGGACUACGGAUAGACUACAUUUUUUUGAUAUGAACCCAGAUCCGACGGUGAGGCACUCAUUCUGGUCAGUGGUGGUGGGCGGUACGAUGUACUGGCUGAGCAUGUUCUGCGCGAACCAGGCGUCGGUGCAGAAGUAUCUUUCAGUGGAACGCAUAGCCCAGGCCCGGGUGGCGCUUUGGGUGUCCGCGUGCGGCUUAAUCGCGGUCUACUCCGUCAAUUUCGUCACCGGCGCCGUCCUCGCUGCGCACUACGCUGACUGUGAUCCCAUUAAGGCUGGUGUAAUCAACGCGUCAGAUCGGCUGCUGCCUCUUUACGUGGUACGCGAGCUGGGAACUUCACGCGGUGUUCCUGGCUUCUUCGUGGCUGGCAUUUUUGCAGCAAGUCUCGGGACCGUAGCGUCUGCGUUGAACUCAUUAGCUGCAAUCGCAUGUCAAGAUUUAUUCACCGGUCUUCUCGGAAUAACGUUGCCCGAGAAUAAAGGCGCGACGAUAGCAAAGUGGGUGUGCCUGGCAUGCGGCGCGCUAUCGUUCGGGCUGGUGUUCGCAGUGGAGCGAUUGGGACCGGUGCUGCAACUAGCGGUCUCCUUCAACGGCAUGGCGGGCGGCGUCUCGCUCGGUCUAUUCAGCCUCGGUAUGCUCUUCCCUUGGAGCAAUGCCAAAGGCGCAGUAGCGGGCGGUGUGUUCGGGCUGGUGGUGGUGGUAGCUGCUGGCGGCGGCGCGCAACUGGCGCAGCUACCCGCACCACGCCUGCCUGCUUCAACGGCUGCCUGUCCUGCCGCGUACAACCUCACUAACCACAUGACCAUCAAUCCUUCGGAAAACCUGGAUGAAUCAGUGUUCUGGUUGUUCCGGGUAUCGUACCUGUGGUACUCCGGACUGGGAUGCGCGGCGACAUUACUCGCAGGCCUCGUCACCUCAGUCCUCACCGGCGUAACGGACCCCGCGCAUGUGCCCAUCGACCUUAUAUCACCGCCGGUCAUAUCAUUCCUCAAUUCCUUGCCCACUAAAUUCAAAAAAGCCCUUCGUGUGCCUACUCGCUUCGGUUCCGAGCGACGCAGAAGUUCUAGCGUGCGCCCACCGAGCAUCGCUGACGACAAGGACACAAGACGAAGACGGCGACUAUCGGAGCUGGCUGGCGGCGUGUUCUACAGUGACACGCCCCUCACGCGUGGUCUUGACAACCCGGCCCUGGGCCUCGACCCUGAGAAGCCUCCACCAGAUGACUGCGUCCAUCACACCUUCACUCUGGACCCAGCCGCCUCGCACUGCCCUCAAACCUCCACGUGUUAAAAUUUCCACUAAAUUGUACUAGCAUCAGGUUAUAACGAUAUCAAUAGGAACCGAUGUCGUGUUAAAACGUUUCUAUUGUGUAUUGAAUGUAAGAAUUAUAAACAGUAUUAUAUUUUACGGACUAACUCCGAAACGCAUGUUGUAUCAUCUUAUCGUAUUUUGAAUAGUUUUAAGUGUUAAUUUAAUAUCGUUAUUUGUGUA